CGAGGAAACGUGGGAGGGGGGAGAAGCCGGGGCGGAGCCUGGCUGGGCGGGGCUCCCUCUUCCUGCCCUAAGUGGAGCAGAGCUCAGCCCGCGCUCUGUGCUUGCAGGUCCCAGGCCAGCCUCCUGUCCUGGGAUCCUUCUCCCUCCCCAGCUCAGUGUGCAAGAGGAUCAAGGCCUGACUUAGCAGGGAGCCUGGAGCCAGAUGGAAUGGCCUGUGGGAGCUGCCGACCCCCAGCCCAGGAGCUGUUGACAUUCAAGGAUGUGGCUGUGGACUUCACCCAGGAGGAGUGGGGCCUUUUGGACCAUCCUCAGAAGAAGUUGUACAAGGAGGUCAUGCUGGAGAAUGCCCAGAACCUGCUCUCCCUGGGGCUGCCAGUUCUCAGAGAAGAUUUGAUCUCUUAUUUUGAGGAAAAGGAAGCACCAUGGCUCCUGGAGUAUGAAGGCCGAAGGAGCUGUUAUCCAGAAGGAGAGAUUAGACCUGAAAUGAAAGAGACUACUGCAAAGCUAAGCAUUUCUUUGAAAGAAACUCACGAGGAAAGUUUCGUGAGGGAUGGUCGUUAUGACUUCACUGGGAAACAAAUCUCUGCUGCAUUUCGCAGAAUCCACAGAGGAGAAAAACCUUAUGAUUGUCUGCGUGGUGGGAAAGCAUUGAGUCAACAGUCAUCCCUUAUUUACCCUCAAAAAAUUAAUCCUAGUGUGAAACUACAUGAGUGUCUUGAAUGUGGUAAAACUUUUUCUGAACACUCAGCCUUCAUUAUACAUGGAAGACAUCACAUUGGCAGGAAACCUUAUGCAUGUAAUCAGUGUGGAAAGGCUUUCACACGGAGGUCCAGCCUUAUUAACCAUCAAAGAGUUCAUGCUGGAAAGAAAACUUAUGAAUGUAAUCAGUGUGGAAAGGCUUUCAGGUAUAAAAGCUACCUUAGUCUACAUCAAAGCCUCCACACUGGGGAGAAACCUUAUGAAUGUAAUCAGUGUGGUAAGGCUUUCAGGUGUAAAAGCUAUCUUAGUCUACAUCAAAGACUCCACGCUGGAGAGAAACCUUGUGAAUGUAAUCAGUGUGGAAAGACUUUCAGGUAUAAAAGUGAACUUAGUCUACAUCAGAGAAACCACACUGGAGAGAAACCUUAUGAAUGUCAUCAGUGUGGAAAGGGUUUCACAGGGAGCUCCAGCCUUACUAAACAUCUAAGAGUUCACACUGGAGAGAAACCUUAUGAAUGUCAUCAGUGUGGAAAGACUUUCACAUGGAGGUCCAGUCUUAUUAACCAUCAAAGAGUUCAUGCUGGAAAGAAAACUUAUGAAUGUAAUCAGUGUGGAAAGGCUUUCACGAAUAAAAGCUACCUUAGUCUACAUCAAAGCAUCCACACUGGGGAGAAACCUUAUGAAUGUCAUCAGUGUGGAAAGGCUUUCACAGAGAGCUCCAGCCUUACUAAACAUCUAAGAGUUCACACUGGAGAGAAACCUUAUGCAUGUAAUCGGUGUGGAAAGGCUUUCACACGGAGGUCCAGCCUUAUUAACCAUCAAAGAGUUCAUGCUGGAAAGAAAACUUAUGAAUGUAAUCAGUGUGGAAAGGCUUUCAGGUAUAAAAGCUACCUUAGUCUACAUCAAAGCCUCCACACUGGGGAGAAACCUUAUGAAUGUAAUCAGUGUGGUAAGGCUUUCAGGUGUAAAAGCUACCUUAGUCUACAUCAAAGACUCCACGCUGGAGAGAAACCUUGUGAAUGUAAUCAGUGUGGAAAGACUUUCAGGUAUAAAAGUGAACUUAGUCUACAUCAGAGAAACCACACUGGAGAGAAACCUUAUGAAUGUCAUCAGUGUGGAAAGGGUUUCACAGGGAGCUCCAGCCUUACUAAACAUCUAAGAGUUCACACUGGAGAGAAACCUUAUGAAUGUAAUCAGUGUGGAAAGACUUUCAGGUAUAAAAGUGAACUUAGUCUACAUCAGAGAAACCACACUGGAGAGAAACCUUAUGAAUGUCAUCAGUGUGGAAAGACUUUCACAUGGAGGUCCAGUCUUAUUAACCAUCAAAGAGUUCAUGCUGGAAAGAAAACUUAUGAAUGUAAUCAGUGUGGAAAGGCUUUCACGAAUAAAAGCUACCUUAGUCUACAUCAAAGCAUCCACACUGGGGAGAAACCUUAUGAAUGUCAUCAGUGUGGAAAGUCUUUCAUACACAAAUCCAAACUUACUCAACAUCAAAGCAUCCACACUGGAGAGAAACCUUAUGAAUGUAAUCAAUGUGGAAAGGCUUUCAUACGGAACUCCCAGCUUAUUAAACAUCAGAGAAUCCACACUGGAGAGAAACCUUAUGAAUGUAAUCAGUGCACAAAGGCUUUCAUAGAGAGCUCCAGCCUUAUUAAACAUCAAAGAGUUCACACUGGAGAGAAACAUUAUGAAUGUAAUCAGUGUGGAAAGGCUUUCAGAUUUAAAAGUAAACUUAGUCUACAUCAGAGAAAGCACACUGGAGAGAAACCUUAUGAAUGUAAUCAGUGUGGAAAGGCUUUCAGGCGUAAAAGUAACCUUAGUGUUCAUCAGAGUAUCCACACUGGAGAGAAACCUUAUGAGUGUAAUCAGUGUGGUACUGCUUUCAGGUGUAAAAGCUAUCUUACUCUACAUCAAAGACUCCACACUGGAGAAAACCCUUAUGAAUGUAAUCAGUGUGGAAAGGCUUUCAGGUGUAAAAGCCAUCUUACUCGACAUCAGAGAAUCCACACUGGAGAGAAACCUUAUAAAUGUAAUCAGUGUGAAAAGACUUUCACAGUGAGGUCCAGCCUUGUUAAACAUCAAAGAAUCCACACUGGAGAGAAACCUUAUGAAUGUAAUCAGUGUGGUAAGGCUUUCACGUGUAAAAGCUACCGUAGUGUACAUCAAAGACUCCACACUGGAGAGAGACCUUAUGAAUGUAAUCAGUGUGGUAAGUCUUUCAGGUAUAAAAGUGAUCUUAGUCUACAUCAGAAAAAGCACACUGGAGAGAAACGUUAUGAAUGUAAUUAGUGUGGAAAGUCAGAUAUAAAAAUGAUCUUAGUCUACAUCAGAGAGUCCUCACUGGAGAGAAACCAUAUGAAUGUGAUCAAUGUGGGAAAGCUUUCUGACUAAACUGGGAACUAGCUGUACAUGAGAAAAUCCACACUGGAGAGAAACCUUAUGAAUUUAAUCGGUGUGGAAAGGCUUUCACACAGAGCUCCAACCUUAUUAAAAAUCAGAGAAUCCACACUGGAGAGAAAGCUUAUGAAUGUAAUUAGUGUGGAAAGGCUUUAAGGUGUAAAAGUGAUCUUAGUCUACAUCAGAGAAUCCACACUAUACAAACCUUAUGAAUAUAAUCAGUGUGGAAAGGCUUUCAAGUGCAGGACCAAUCAUUCUGUAUAUCAGAGCUGCAUGUUUAUAUCCUUUAUAUCAGAAUUAUGUCAGUUUAUAUCAGAAUUAUGCUAUUGUGCUGUCUGAAUGCAAUCAGUCUAUAGGAUCAAACAGAUAAAUGGAUAAAGUGUUUUUUAUAUUGUGAACCCUGAGCCCCUAUGAACCCCAAAUUGAAACAUAUUGUUCUAAAAAAGAGACAAAGAAAAUUGGGGUAUGUAUGUCCUCUGGUUAAUUUCCCCUCAAGCUAGCUUGACAUGUUCAGUGAACAACUAUGAAUAAUUUAGUUAUUCUCAGCAAUACAGUGAUCCAAAAAAACUAGAAAGGACUAAUGAUGAAGCAUCUUAUCUACCUGCAGAGAAAGAACUGAUGUUAUUUUCGUGGAGACUGAAGCAUGAUAUUUUUCACUUUCAUUAUUUUUCUUUUUUGUUUUCAAAUCUUCCUUCACAAAAUGAUUAAUAUGGAAAUA